AUGUCGGGAGAGCAUUUUCGUCGCCCCGCGAACGCCGAAUCGAGAGGAACCAAGAAAGCGAGCGAACACAAAUACAAUCUAGAUCAAGACUCCAUUGAUCGGCGAUUGAAGCGACUUAAAGAUCAAGUCCUUCCACUUUACCCCUUCCUCCUUACUGUCCCGACUGAUGUGCCUUUCCGUCUUGGAGGGCGCUUUGUCAACAACUGGGCGGUGAGUGAUGACGGCCCUUUCACGCCAGAGGAACAGCAACUCCAAUACAUGACUUUUUUGACUCAUCACGACGAAGAAUCCUUGUUAGCCGCUGUGGGCGAUUGGUCUGACAGUGCAGGAAACGUGAUGUCCGAUCAGCAAUCCGGGCCUCAGAGUGCAGCUAGCACACCUUCUUAUAGUUCCCUGAAGAAGAAAAUAAGCCUAAAUGACUACAAAAACAGGAGAAAGUCAGGCGCCCCUUCUGGCUCCUCUGUCAAUCAAGAAGCCCCUUCCCAAUCAUCGACCGCUCAAACGCUCAAUGGAAGCCACUCAACCAACAAAGCCAGUGGUUUCGUUGACGAUAUACAGGGAUCGGUAGACAGGGCGGCUCCAGGCAACGUGCAAUCCUCGUCUGGUGACAAGAAUAUGGAUCGCAAACAUCCGUUUGAAGCCGAUAAUGAGCCAAUGAAAUCAACUGGGAAGGGCCAUGUCUCCUUUAAAAAAACCAAAUUGUCUACUGAUCCUACAGUAGAAUCCACCAAAGUGGGACGACUGCGGAGCAAUGGACUUCCUGCUCUCCUAUCACCGACUUUGCCCCCAGUCUCAAGCAGCCCAAGACUGCCUCGACUUCUAUCUCCAACACUUCCACCGGAUCUGGAGAAAGAGUUGUCGAUGCAAAAUGUGGAUUCUGUGUCUUUAGACUCCUUGCAGCGCCCAGAUGUGUCAAAUAUCGAUGCUUCGAAUUUGCAAAAAGCCAAACCUGCUGUUCGUGGCUCUACCUACAUGAACUUGUCACCCAUUUCCAGCCGGCAAAACAAAACAUUGAACCCUGGUUCCAUUAGAAGAUCGAGCGUCCUUCAAGAACCUUCGGACGUUGGUUCAUCUAGAACUACUACAAAAGUUGGCUCUCAACACCUACCCAAGGACGCUGUAAUGAAUUCAGUGGAUACACGAACGAGUUACCACUCAAGUCAUGCCAGAACGAAGUUUAUCGUCAGAUUAAGGUAUGGCAGAGCGAACAGGAAGCGGGUUGAAGCCCUUCUAAAGUUCUCCGGUAAGAGGAAGAUAGGUACAUCAAGCUCACCCGUAAGAAGUGUUGAUAUUUCUCACGCUACAAUAUCUGGACAAGCUGUAGCGAAGGCUACAGCAUCUGAGCGUGCAGAGAACGGCAGCAAGUUAUCUCGCAACGAUUUCAAAGCCAAAAAUGACACGGCAAAUAUGUCUUCGAAGGAAUGCUCGAAAGAGUCAAAACCCCCUGUCAUUGUUGAUCAGUCCCAGUCCCCCAAAAUUCCGAGCCCGCAUACCAAACAUCUCCUGCAGGAUAGGUCAAAACAGAUGCAGUCAACGUCAGGCAAAAGUAUCAGCUGUUCUGGUCAACAUGAAGUGCCUGGAGGUACUGGCGAGAGAAAGCUCGUGCAGUCCGGUGUGAAACAUACAGCAGAGUGGCCGACGCCUACCAAACCACCAUCUCCUCAAACAGGCAGCGCUGCAUCUCGGCAAUGUGAGCGUCGGGCGUGGAAGGAGCAAUACCAGAAAUAUGGGAACCUUGGCCGAGAACUGAAGCAUGCCGCGGAACGUCAUACAGCUAAAGAUAACGCGACUGUUGUCGAUGAAAAACUCGCGGUUGCCACGGCUGUGGAAGCUAUCAUAUGCUUCAUCCUGGCUUUUGUCGCAGAUGACCACCUCAAGGCUCUAAGUCGCCAAGUGGCCGAUUCUUCUUCAUGGCUGUCCAUUCUUGCCUAUUGGCGCGUGGUGAAGAAAAAUAGUGCACCCUAUCCCCGAUUGCACAGCCUUUGUCUUAUGCUUGGUGCUGUCUCGUAUGAUGCAAUCCAUGCACUUGAUUUGGAAAGACUUGCAGUUACAGCUGUACCUGAGGAGCAAACUGCUAUUUCUACAUUGGGCAGCGACGGGACAGCGGUUGCACUGGACGAGUAUAGGAAAGCCCGAAGGGAAUUCAACGAGCUGAAGCAUCGACUUCCUGAGUGUUACCGAGAGUCUCAAAAGUUAUGGCUGGAGGGCUCACGCGGUCUUUCUGAGAACGUCCUUGCUAGUGAAUUUCCUGUCACAUGGUCCAAUCGGUCAAAGAAUUUCUCGGAGCAGGGAAAGCAACUUUCAAAAGCUGGUGACUUAUCCAUUGAGUACUUUCUUCCGUUGAGAAAAACCAGUACACCUUCUGAGAUUAUCAAAUUCAGUUGCGCAAUCCUGAAAGAGUGGUGCACGAAGGAAGGCAUUGGGUGGAGCAGUAGGCUUGAUGUUUAG